UGGGAAGGGGGCGUGGUCUGGACACGUGAUCAGGGAGAAGCCGGGGUCCCUUCCCUGUUUCCGGAAAUCCAAGAUGGUGACCAGCAUGAAGUUUUUCUGCUAACCGGUGAACUUGGAAGUGACACCCGGCGCGGAGACCCCCGGUAUCCCAGGUUUAGAACCCCUGGAACUCUGGAUCUGGUUUAGACUUCAGUGAGCGAGCCGUGUCUGGGGACAAUACAAGAGCGAGGGUUGGUCCGCUAUGAACAAGAGGCAGCUUCACAAACCUGCCCAAAAAUGAUGUGAUCCACCCAACUAGAAAUCUGCUAAAGUGGCUGCACUGUCCUGGACACAGACCUCUCAUCCAGCAUGUAUUACUGAGAGGGACACAGCCACAUAGUCUGAACUAGGAGCUAGUUAUGAGCAGGUCUGAAACUGAAAGAAGGAAUUAAGACUGCAGACUGCAGCUUCUUAACUCAAGACUUUGCAUUAUUUCACCAAGCAGAACAGAGAUCAGGAAUAGCGGUUCUCCUCAGAGAUUGAAACUAUGUCUCAUCCAUCUUGGUUACCACCGAAGAGCUCAGGAGAUGGCCUUGGACAUGUGACAGCCAGAAUGGAGACCACACAAGGGUUUGGGGCGCCAAGCAUUUCUGUGUCCACUCAGCAAGCACCUAAGAAAUUUGCACCUGUAGUGGCCCCGAAGCCAAAAUAUAACCCCUAUAGAGCAGGACAGCCUGACGGAGGAGAUGGAGAUUUUCCACCACCUCCCCCACCUCCUCCCGAGGACCAAAGUAGUUUUCAGCAUCCGUCAGGCCUUGGGAACUUUCCUCCUCCUCCUCUUGAUGAUGCAAUGUUCAAUGUCCAGAUAAACACUGGUGGUAAAACCCUAGAAGAAAGACGCUCAAGUCUAGACGCAGAGAUUGACUCUUUGACCAGCAUCUUGGCGGAUUUGGAAAGCAGUUCUCCAUACAAACCACGGAUAAGUCAGGGCUCUGGGUCCGCGACUGGGACACUGACUCACCCAUCAGCUGGAACCCCAGUAACUGGCCAUAAGAGGAUGAUAAUACCAAACCAACCACCCCUGACAGCAACAAAGAAGACUGCCGCCAAACCUCAACCACAGUCAACAACUUUGCCUGCACCAGCCGGGUCCCCCGCAGCACAAAGACCUCAGCCAGUUCCAGCAUCUUAUGCCACAGCUUCCACUCCUAGCCGGCCUACUUUUAAUGUGCAGGUUAAGUCUGCUCAGCCCAGCCCGCACUUUGUUCCACCAGCCCCCCAACCGAGUCAGCCUUACAAUGUUACACAAAACCAGUACUAUGCUCCUCCAAAGCAAGCACCAUCACGAGAGCCAGAGUAUAUACCACCCCAACCUGUACGCUAUGCAGAUCCUGGCUAUGGGUAUCCACAGGGUAAUCAAGUGAAGUAUCAAGAUCCUUACUAUCCAACAUCGCAAGGCUAUGGAGGAAGAAAUAUUCCUGAGGUUCCAUACCCACAGCAAGGAGGGUGGAAACCAGAACCUGCUUAUACUUCCGGACAAGCGGUGGGCCAGCAAGCUCCUGCUUCCUAUCCACCUCCGAAUAGUAAGAAGACCUAUAUAACUGAUCCUCCUUAUGUUCCACUGCCACCACCUCAAGCCAAGGCAUCUUACUCUUCUGGAGGUCCUGUUCUGCGGCCUGAGGAUGAACUUGAUAGACUCACUAAGAAGAUGCUGUAUGACAUGGAGAACCCUCCUUCUGAAGAGUAUUUUGGUCGCUGUUCUCGUUGUGGGGAAAACGUUGUAGGAGAAGGUACUGGAUGCACAGCUAUGGACCAGGUGUUUCACGUUGAGUGUUUUACCUGCAUGACCUGUAAUAGCAAGCUACGUGGGCAGCCAUUUUACGCCGUGGACAAAAAGGCUUUUUGCGAGCCCUGCUACAUACGUACGCUGGAGCAGUGUAAUGUCUGUGCCAAGCCGAUCAUGGAGAGGAUCUUGAGAGCUACCGGGAAAGCCUAUCACCCUCAGUGCUUCAUUUGUGUAGUGUGCUUCCGCAGUCUGGAUGGCAUUCCUUUCACUGUUGAUGCAUCUGGACACAUUCACUGCAUCGAGGAUUUCCACAAGAAAUUUGCCCCGAGGUGUUCUGUGUGUAGGGAGCCUAUAAUGCCUGCUCCUGGCCAGGAGGAAACUGUUCGUAUUGUAGCAUUGGAUCGCGACUUCCAUGUUCAAUGUUACCGCUGUGAGGAUUGUGGAAGUCUUCUAUCAGAAGGUGAAAAUCAAGGCUGCUACCCAUUAGAUGGACACAUCCUUUGCAAGUCCUGCAACUCUGCACGUAUCCAGGCUCUCACUGCCAAGUCCAGCACCGACCUGUGAAUGAAUAGCGCCUCUACUUGAAUGUUAGGAACGUCCUUAAUGCUUUUCAUUGCUCCUUUCAACGAAGUCAACAGCUGCCUCUGUGGUCAGGUUCAUUUAGACACUAUGUACAACUUCUCCUUUCACAGACACUUUGGAAGGAGGUCUCACAUUUCUAGUUACUCCACUCACUUUUCAUUCAUUACAUUACACUUAGUAUUUAAAAUUGUCAGAGUCUUGUAUCUUGUGUAUGUUCACUCCUCUGUAUCGCAGUUGAUGCACUAGCAACGUAGCUAAAGAUCUGAAUAAGGCAGGAGGUCUGUGGUUGCAGAGGGACUUCAUCAUCUUUACUACUUGAUCUGUGCCAAUAUUAGAAAGCAGGUUGAUCUACGUAGGGAGGAAGGACAUUUUUCCACAAUGUAUUCUGCUCCCCAUCUUUUUCUAUGGCUUCGCUUCUUUAUAUAGCACACAAUUUGGCUUCGGCUGGUGAAUGGGUAUUUUAAAUGUGCUUUAUUGGUGGUACGUGGUUUUGAAUCUGCAAGCAUAAAAACCUUUUCCCAGGUUAGAAAUUGUCACCCUAUAUUAAACUAUAUGCUGCAAAACUAUUAGUGGUGUGAUAGGGAUCCAGGUAUGCACAAAGCUAACAAGGUGCCUUACAGUUAUUUGCAGGUCACAUUACUCAGGUUUUGUCCCAGGCAGGCAUGUUGUAACUCUGAAAAGCACAGGUUGUGGAUCUAGAAUAGAAGAAUCGGAAUGCAGCCGGUCAUUAGUGUCCACCAUUAGGGAUGAGCAAACCCGAACUUUACAGGUUUGGCAUUCUGGUGGUGUAGGAAAUCAGUUAUGGAUUCUGUUAUAACGGAAUAUAACGUAAUUCGUAGAUGGACUUAAAAACGGAAGCUUUUAAGAGCCAUUCCGUUUUGAUCAGUCAUGAUAGAAGUCUAUGGCCAAGCAUAAUGGAUCCGUCUGGUUUCCGUUAUGCAGAACUUUGUUUUCUGUGCUGCAGAACGGAGAAAGGCUUCCGUUUUGCAUUCCGUCUACAAAUUCCGUUAACGGAUUUCCUAUACCACCCAAACAUGUAAAGUUUGGGUUCGCUCAUCCCUAUCCACCAUAUAGCAGGUGAACAUUAAGACAUGAAUGCGACGGUCUGUACACCAUUCUCCCCUUUUUAAAAUUCAUUUGUAAUACAGAACCACCUGAAGACUACUGGAAAAACAGUCAGUCAUUUAUUUUCUCUUGUUUCUGCCGUACUUUCUUAGAAUAAUUUUUAAAUGGUCUACUAAAAGGUGAACAUGUGCCUAAAGUUUCUUUGCCUUAUCUUAUGUUAUUCCUUAGCAUAUACUGUAAGCUCUGUAUGAGCUAUGGAAAUGAGAGAAGCACAUACAUUUCCAAAUAAAACUGUAAUAUAUAUAUAUAUUUUUUUUUUGUUUUUGUUUACAGUAUCUAAGGAUUUGUUUGCCAUUAUACUCCUUGUGCCUUUUGUACAGGUGAGCUGCAGUCUAGUUUGCCUAAGGUAUAACCUAUAUGUGCAGAAAUGUUCCUUUAUAGACUGGUGUGUGAAUAGGUACAUUUUGCAUAAACAUCAGUGUGUUUUUGUAACUAAAAUAGAAAAAACUGUCCUUGUGCUUACCCCAUGCAGGAGGAGGGUAAUAUACUGGCAUCUUCAGAUGUCAUUCUUCCCAGGUCUCGGCUAGGUAAAGAGCUUCGAAGCAGUACAUUAUGUAAACCAAUCCAGUAUCCUAGAGGCCCCCAUACACACUACACUAUUGUUGGCCUGGCCCACUGUUUUAAUGGGACCAGCUGACAACCUAAUGAGUAUGGGGAACUCUCAACUAAAGAUCGGGCAUGUUGCAUUUCAAUGCCUGAUCCUCUAGUUAUCUUGAAAGAUAAGCUGCUUCCAGAAGUGUUUGGCAGCGGUUUUCUUCUCUCUACCAAAUGAAAACACGUGCAGAUGUAGCAGAUCUAAAAGGAACUGUGAUAACACAUAUGAUGGUAUUAUCUCAUGACAAAACAGCCAUUGGAAAAAAAAAAAAAAAGUCCAUUAACAUUUUCCUGACAUAGUUUACUUAACGUGUUAAUCAUUCCUUUUUUCUGUGUUACAUCUGUGCAUGCUUAGCCAAAUGGAGUGUGGAGGGGAGUUGGGAUAGAUAGGCGUUGGCUAAAUGAGAGUUUGGCCAAUAACUGCGGUGCUAUACAUUGUAAGUAUUGCAGUAUUUUCUUGUAACAAAGUAUACAAAUGGUAAAGGGAACCUGUUAUGUUGAACAUGGGGUUUGAGCUGCAGACAGCA